GGUAGAAUUUUCCAAGGAAGAUGUCAAAGGGCUGCUUUGAAAAAUCAAAGGCGCUUUGGACUUCGGGGAUGGAAAGUUUCUUCAGGGUGAUUCUUCUGCUCUUUUGCUUUCUCUUGGUAGUGAAGGUUGCGGAGCUCCAACCUGCCAAAGAUGAAUGCAAAACCAAAAAGUGCAGAUACCACACAAUCCGCUUUCCGUUUCGACUAAAAGAGCAGCAACCGGAAUACUGCGGCUAUCCUGGGUUUGAACUAUCCUGCACAAAGAAGAAGCAGACUGUGCUCGAGCUACCGCGGAAUGUGAAGUUGUUUGUAAAGCAGAUAGAUUACAGAGCACGGAGGAUUAAGUUAUACGAUCCCCAGGGUUGCCUCCCGCUGCAGCUUCCCAAUCUCAAUUUAUCUGCAUCUCCCUUCAGCGAUCUAUUUGGCUACCCAUACAGCGGCCCACCUAAAAAAUACACCAUUUUCAAUUGUUCAGAUAAACCACAAAUGGCUUAUGAGUAUAAACAUUCCAAAAUUCCUUGCUUAAGCAUCCCAGGAUUCCAAGUUCGAGCUUUUCCUUCUGAUUCUAGAGAUGCUGUUAGUUUGGUGAAUUGCAGUAGAACAUUACUGAACAUUUCAGCAACGGAAGUAUUUGAAGAUAUGUUAUAUACGAAGGCAGGGGAAAUUCAAUUGGGUUGGCUCAAACCAGACUGCAGUGCAUGUGAAGCAGUAGGCAGGAAAUGCAGACGGGAGACAAAAAAUAGCAGUACGCAGCAUGAGACUGAGUGUUUUGGCACAUCCAAGAAACAAAGAGAUACACCGAAGGCACUAUUGGCUACAGGAAUAAUCCUAGGUUCCACUCUUCUAGGAAUAAUUCUCUUUGUACUUUACCGCGUUCACCAUUCAUAUAAAGCAGAGAAAGAGGGCCAACAGAAGAUUGAAAAUUUUCUGGAGGAAUACAAAGCUCUGAAGCCGUCAAGAUAUUCUUAUGCUGAUAUCAAGCGAAUAACAGAUCAGUUCAAGGACAAACUUGGAGAAGGGGCCUAUGGAACAGUUUUCAAAGGGAGACUUUCCAACGAUGUUUUGGUUGCUGUUAAGGUCCUCAACAAUUUUAGAGCGACUGCGGAAGAGUUCAUUAACGAAGUGGGAUCAAUGUGUAGAAUCCACCAUGUCAAUGUUACUCGCUUGAUUGGAUUUUGUGCAGAUGGAAAUAAAAGGGCUCUUGUUUAUGAGUACAUGCCAAACGAGUCCUUAGAGAAGUUCAUAUUUGUAGCCAGAGAUGAAGAUCGUUUCCUCAGUUGGGAGAAGCUUCAAGAUAUUGCUAUAGGAAUAGCCAAAGGAAUUGAGUACCUGCACCAAGGUUGCGACCAACAAAUCCUUCAUUUUGAUAUCAAGCCCCACAAUAUCUUGCUAGACCCAAACUUCAAUCCAAAGAUCUCUGACUUUGGUUUAGCAAAGCUGUGUUCCAAGGAACAAAGUGCUGUUUCUAUGACAGCAGCCAGAGGAACAAUGGGAUAUAUUGCUCCUGAGGUACUGUCUAGGAACUUUGGAAAAGUGUCAUAUAAAUCAGAUGUUUAUAGUUUUGGAAUGCUAUUGCUGGAAAUGGUAGGAGGAAGGAAGAAUAUUGAUGUCACAGUGGAGAGUACGAGCCAAGUUUACUUUCCAGAAUGGGUGUAUAAUUGCUUGGACGGAGAAGAAUUUGGGAUUAUAAUAGAAAACAAGGGGCAUGCCAAGAUAGCAAAAAAACUUACAAUUGUUGGACUUUGGUGCAUUCAAUGGUACCCAACAGACCGUCCAUCAAUGAAAGCUGUGGUUCAUAUGUUGGAAGGAAAAGUUGAUAGUUUGACAGUGCCACCAAAUCCCUUUGGCCAUGCAGAUGGUGUGCAAACAACUGGUGUCAACAUCCCUAGAAAACCAAUUAACAGAGAACUAGAAGUUAUCCCUGAAUUAGAAUAAUUUCAAUGAAAUCUACAUCUAAGUAGUUCUUUUACUUUUCCGAAUUCGUCUACCCAUAUAAAGUAAGGACUUAAUAUUGAGUUUUGAAUGUUUUAUACAAUCAUUAAAGGCUUGUAUAUUAGCUUACUAUCUGUUAGUGGAAAAUGGAAUGUUUCAAAAGAAGGUUUUUCCUCUUUUCCUUUUUCUUGUUUCUUUUUAAUCCUUCAGGACCUAUUUCAUGUUUUCUACUUAAUUUGCUUUUGUCUAUUCCAUUAACUGAACUUAUCCUUCUUUUCUUGUCUAUUCCAUCUCUUUUGAAUGAAUAAAAUGACUAGGCAUGU